AUGACAGCCAAGCCUCCCAAACCCGCAAUUCUACUCGUACAGGGAUCGUUUCAGCUUCCGGAGGCUUACGGCAAGCUAGCCUCCGCCCUUCGCUCCCGCGGGUUUCUCGUCGUCCAGCCCCGGCUUCCUAGUUUGACAGACCACGACUCUCCCGACUUUGCAAAGCAAGAUCUCUCCGACGAUUCGCGUGCCAUUGAAGCCGAAGCGAAGCGUCUCGUCGUUGACGAGGGCGAGAAUGUCAUGGUCGUAAUGCACUCCUACGGCGGGCUCGCCGGGAGCGACGCAAUUCCCCAAGACUUGAGCUUGCAGAGCCGCCGCCGGGCUGGCCUUAUUGCCUUUUAA